AUGAAAGUACAAACUGAACAACUCAAUUCCAGUGAUAAAGUGUCACAUAUAAAGCAAAUGAGUGUAGAGGAGAGUCAAGUGAGUAACCCAAGCAAUCAACCAACAGAACUGUCAACAGGGAAACUGUCACACAACUCUAAGUCUUCCGAUACCGACAAAUUAAUUGAAAAGAAUCACAAAAAGACGAUGUCACGAUCACAGAUGGGACUUCCUCUACCAAACAAAAACUUCCUUCAAAACUUCAAUGUCACUCCGGACCCUUCACAAAAGGAUCAACAGAAGAGAAGAUGUGGGUUCUCUACAAAACGCCUACAAAGAAAUUGGAGGAACUCAGCGUCGUCUGAAAAGGUUGCGCUUAAAGACGUGAAAAAAAUCAAAUACACAAUCUGUUGA